AUGACGUACCUGACAAGAUUGUUCUGCAACAUCUCAUUUGGCCAAAUCAUCUCUUUUGACAUUCUAUGGCUCCAGAUUCCAUCAUCCCUCCUUUCCCGUACAAACUCCAUUGGAGGCAUUGCUCUAUUGGAUAAUCAGCUGACAGGUCCAUUGCCAACAGAGUUGGGUUUGCUGACUGAUUUGCAGGCCAUGUGGUUUGGAAGCAACAUCUUCACAGGGACCAUUCCCAUAGAGCUGGGGCAAUUGAGUCUUUUGGUGGAUAUAGGUCUUGACGAACUCAUGUUUAGUGGCACAAUCCCAACCGAGCUUGCAGUUCUUACAGGCAUGUCAACAGUUACUCUGCAAACUCUGCAGCUGGAUUACUCGGGUCUUACAGGGACAAUCCCGAGAUGGCUCAAUUGGCAAUAUGACAUCCCUAGACACAUUGACUAUGGAGGGGAUCUCCUUAACUGGGACUGUAUACGUAUACAUUUGUGCCUGUCCUCUCAAGUUUCUCCAUCUUCUUACAGUUGA